CCUCCCCCUGCCCAAGGAAGGUCGCCCCACUCCAGCACUGCACCCCCUUACUUGAGGCACGGGACGCGACCUCACUGCCCCUCGCUCCCAGAAAGAGGACAGCACAAUUAGCGCCCUGCCCUCCUGAUCCUUUCACAGGGAGACCCACGCCCCGCCAGGGUCCCCCACCCCCCAGGCCUCCCGGUAAUGCAAUUCACGGGGGCGGGGGAGGCGACGGCAGCGGCAGCCGCGGCGGCGGCGGGCAGCAGCACCAGCACGGCCCCAGUCUAGAGACCACCAGAAAGAGGAGGAAAAUGGCUCCGAGCAGGGACCGCCUGCUGCACUUUGGGUUCAAGGCGACAAUGUUCUCAAAUAGUGAUGAAGCUGUAAUCAAUAAAAAACUUCCCAAAGAACUUCUAUUACGGAUAUUCUCUUUUCUGGAUGUCGUUACCUUGUGUCGCUGUGCCCAGGUCUCCAGGGCCUGGAAUGUUUUGGCUCUGGAUGGCAGUAACUGGCAAAGAAUUGACCUGUUUGAUUUCCAGAGGGAUAUUGAGGGCCGGGUAGUGGAGAAUAUCUCAAAAAGAUGUGGGGGCUUUUUACGAAAGCUAAGUCUUCGUGGGUGUCUUGGAGUAGGAGACAAUGCAUUAAGAACCUUUGCGCAAAACUGUAGAAAUAUUGAAGUACUGAACCUAAAUGGGUGUACAAAGACAACAGAUGCUACAUGUACUAGCCUUAGCAAGUUCUGUUCCAAACUCAGGCACCUUGACUUGGCUUCCUGUACUUCAAUAACAAACAUGUCUCUUAAAGCUCUGAGUGAGGGAUGUCCACUUUUGGAGCAGUUGAACAUUUCCUGGUGUGACCAAGUGACCAAGGAUGGUAUCCAAGCACUAGUGAGAGGCUGUGGGGGUCUCAAGGCCUUAUUCUUAAAAGGCUGCACACAGCUAGAAGAUGAAGCUCUCAAGUACAUAGGUGCACACUGUCCUGAACUGGUGACUUUGAACUUGCAAACUUGCUUACAAAUCACAGAUGAGGGUCUUAUUACUAUAUGCAGAGGGUGCCGUAAAUUACAGUCCCUCUGCGCCUCCGGCUGCUCCAACAUCACAGAUGCCAUCCUGAGUGCUCUGGGUCAGAACUGCCCGCGGCUUAGAAUAUUAGAAGUGGCAAGGUGUUCACAAUUAACAGAUGUAGGCUUUACCACUCUGGCCAGGAAUUGUCAUGAGCUUGAAAAGAUGGACCUGGAAGAAUGUGUUCAGAUUACAGAUAGCACAUUAAUCCAGCUUUCUAUACACUGUCCUCGACUUCAAGUAUUGAGCCUGUCUCACUGUGAGUUGAUUACAGACGAUGGAAUUCGUCACCUGGGGAACGGGGCCUGCGCCCAUGACCAGCUGGAGGUGAUCGAACUGGACAACUGCCCGCUAAUUACAGAUGCAUCCCUGGAGCACUUGAAGAGUUGUCACAGCCUUGAGCGAAUAGAACUCUAUGACUGCCAGCAAAUCACACGGGCUGGGAUCAAGAGACUCAGGACCCAUUUACCCAAUAUUAAAGUCCACGCCUACUUCGCACCUGUCACUCCACCCCCAUCAGUAGGGGGCAGCAGACAGCGCUUCUGCAGAUGCUGCAUCAUCCUAUGACAGUGGCGGUGGUCAGCAUUGUGAACUGAGUAUUUAAUGGAACUGCAGAGUUGCCGUGGAGUCUCCAGAGGAAGCAACGCCAGUGUUCUGGGCAAGGGUUACAAAGUGAGGGCAGUGUCCAGAUCCCCAGAGCCACACACACAUACACAUACCCAGCCUCAGCCCUACCCACUCUAGCUCUGUGACCAGGGAACGGAAAUCUGUGCCGCCUUUAUCAAGUGGAUUGGUAAAACUUACCCAUUCCCAUUGGCAUGCCUCAAAGAAAAUCAUAGGCAGAGGAAAGGGCCGGCGGCAUUCCAGCAAACCCAGUGUUACUGCUACCUGUGGUUUCCUUAUUUUCUGGAGAGGGUUCUUUGUUGAUUUUGGAACAGCAACCGCAGUCUUCCAGGGUCAAGGAAAGCAUAGAAAAAAAAACAAUAAAUGUUGCAUCCAGGGACCAGAAAGAAAAUUUCUUUGCAUCCUAUAUGUGGUAGCCACCCAUUGUGAGGUGACACCAGAGCUUCUGUGCUUCCUUGUUGCUACGCCAACAUGCUGAGCAUGCUCAGAAAGAAGGCUCUUCCAUUCCGCCCCAUAUGUUCUUGGAGUGUUUGGCCCAGAGGCUUCCUGAAUGGUCGCUUUGAAAUCACUGUGGUCCAGAGUUGAUGCUUGGUCACACAGGUGGCCACUCACUCUCUGUAGCACAUUGUGUGCCUGUCUUGUGUUUUCUGUUGCCCCCUCCUGCACUUUGUUCCGUCUGUCACCUGUCCAUGGUCUGCUUACUCACACUCAACUGUUAUUCUUUUUGCUGUUGUCGUGUUUACAGGUUGCAUUUGGAUAAUUAGUUGGGGUUACCAAACAUUUUUAAAAAGAGACGUUAUCAAUAAAUAUUUUUUUAAUUCUGAAUUUUACCCAUUAGGGGACCCUGCCUGAAUCUUUGCCACUCUGAAGGGAAACUCUAAGAAAAGCAAGGAAAGUUACAAGAAGAUAUUGAGCUAAAACUCACUGAUGAAAACAAACUCUGCCUUUUGGUUUUUGCUCUCUCUGUGAUAUACAAUAAUACGCAUGAUGUUCUCGGUAUUCCCUUGCACAUUUUUCCUUCCUUGAAACUUCAUAAUAAGGAAAGAGGGAAUCGCAUUUUUGGUCAAGAGUACAAUGACAAAUCUCCAGACUGCCCCUGCACACCUCACCACCAGUGCUCAGGCCUGUUUGUCCCAAUCCAAUCUUAAGUGUGAGGCAGUGAUUUCUUUGAUUUGUAGCUUUGGGAUGGUUUUGGUUGAGCAGGCUAAGGGAUAGCUGUCUAGCCAAUUGGUCUCUCGCUCUCUUUUUUUAAUACCAUUUCAACCUAUCAGGGAUCCAGGAAUGACACUGUCACAGCUAAUCACCACUGUGUAAGUGUUGAUGUCAUUGCUGUAUCUGAUGAUGAAGCCUUCCACGAUCAGCUCCAUUCCAGAUACUUGUCAGCUAUAUCUGUUCGGUGCUCUUUACUCUUAAAAGAGUAGCGUGGUGAAAUGUAUUGGGGUCAGCAGAGAGAGCAGUGGGAAGAAGUAGAACUUCCCUUCUCUGCUCUGCCUAGUCCCCAGAGCUUAUGGCAAGGGUACAUAUAGUGCCCCUAAAAACAUCUUCCUAUUUCCACCCUCUCGCCUAACUCACGAAAGAUGAGGGAACAAAGAGUUCCUUAGGAAGAAAAUUUCUGGGGCUGGAGAGAGAUCACAGCAGGUGAGGCUCUUGCCUUGCACAUAGCUAACCUGGGUUUGAUCCGAAGCACGCCAUAUGGGUCCUGACUACAGCUAGAUAAGGCCCAAGAACAAGAAAAAAAAUGUUUCUAAGCUCCAUGUUUUUAACAGUAUGUGAUUUUUUUUUUAAGCAGAAUGAUCACUUUCUAUAGAUCUGUUAUUAGGGUAUAAAUGUGCAGCCCGCAUGGUCUUAGAUCAUCUUCAUGAAAUGUUUGCAAGUGCUGGUUCUACUAGCAUAUGUAAGCAUAAGGUAUAAUUCAUUUCUCCAACAGUCAAAAAAUCUUAAAAAUAUGUGUUGCCCAACAUUAUCAUGCUUUUCAUUUUAAAUCCAGUUUUAUUAUCAUUAUGCUCUUUUAAAAGCACAGAUGACUUGUAUUUUCCUAUCUUUUCCCUUACUCUCUUUUCAUAAUGCCAUUAUUAGUCUCCUGGCUGUAGCCCACACAUAUGAAGUCAUGCAUGCAUGCAUACACGCACGCAUGCACUUCCAGAUGUGGUUGAUAAUAUUCAGGUCACUCAAAAAGGUAAAUAUUUGGGGUCAUCUUUUUUAAUGUAUGCUUUUUUUAUAGUAGUACCUGAAGGAAUUUAUUAACCAUAAAACCCUGACUCAGUGGGUGAAUUUGAGUUGCCCAAUAAUUGAGAUUAUUAGGGUAUUUCUUAAUAUUAGACAUAUAAGUUUAGAGGAUCCUAGUGACUAGUCCAUGACAUGUUGAAAAGCUUAUUUCUCUGCUCAAAGAGCGAACUCGACAAACUGGUCCAUUUGGACUUUCCCAGGCGUUCCUUCCUGUGUGGGCCAAGAACAGUCAAGUGAGACAAUCGAGGCCCUGCAGGGAGCAAUACUGACUCACAUGUGGUCAGGCUGGAGCCUUGUUCCAUUCUCAAGAAAACUUAAGGCCCAUCAAGUUUGGCAGGAAAUCUGUGUUUUAUGCCAGUCUACAAACUACCGCCAGAUGAUAAAGGAAUGUACCAAGAUUUUGAGAACCCAACUUGGUAAGUUUUUAUGCAGUUUGGAAAGAGUCCUGAUACCUAAACAUAAUGCCCAUGUCUCCAUGUCAGAAACUCUUGAAAUUUAAUGAGGAUUCACAGGUGUAGAGAGGUGUUUGCUCUUUGAAUUAACUUUGAAAUCAAACUGUUGAACAGUGAUCCAGCUUUAGCUUUUUCCAAUAUUUGGAGUAUGACAGCAUAUAUACGUGUUUUAUGUAAAGAAAAAUGUUUUCUUUUCUUAUUAAUUCCUGCUCUUGUGGGAUGUAAAAGUAUUCUUUAAACGCUCAUUGUAAGUAUCCAGUCUGCUUUCCAUACCCAUUAUGUUAGCAGGAAUUUCACGCGUUCCUUCCACCACACAUGAUAGGCGGAAACCUGGUGGGUUUUUUGAUGCUUUAUUUUGGGCUUUCCAAAUAGUUCGAUCUCUCUGUAAUGCUGCAGCACUUGAGGUCUUUAUUUCUUCUCAUUGCCUUAUAAAGUAUAUUUUUGUUGGUCUGAUAGCCCAUUAGUAUUAUGAGGGGUUAAGCAGGUAUGCAGUGGAACUUGUUUUGAUUUAGAGUUGUUAGGAAGUGUGAGAGUGUUACUGGAAAGAAUUGGGUGGUUUCCUGUGGGCAGUGUGUCUUAGGUAACCGGGUCAUGCAGACAGGAAGAGCACUGAGGACCCUGGCUGAAAAGUUACAUGCUGCUCUUGUCCCCUGGAAAGGAGAGAUGUAAAGGAAGUUGCUCUAUUCUGCCUUUUUCUCCUUAUACGCCACAGUUUAAGGCUAGGUUUCUCUCCUCAUGCUUUGAAAUUCCAGGUGAUAACAUUUUAUCAAGAUUGUCGUCUGCCCACUAGUCCUAGAGAUUUUUACCACCUCUAACCCAGGCAGUGUGAAUUUAUCAAGUCUUAUUUGAGAAGAGGUGCGGAAUGUGGAGGUCUUGAGGUUGAAUCCUUCCCCUCACAGCGAUCUUAGACCAGAAGACUAAAGUACCAGAAGGGUGAGAGGGAGUAUGGUGUCCCCACCUCAUCUUCGUGUGUGUUAACACGCAAAGCAGGUCUUCUACCAGCUAAGCUACAUCCCAGCUCAUUUUAAUUUUACAGUUGAAUGGUACAGAAAGUUGUGUAGGACCACAUACAUAAUAAACCCAGGUAAUUUGGGUAUAAUAUUUGACUCUAUUUGCUGUACCCCAGUGUCCUCACUAAGCAUCCUGAAUCUCCAGCAAAGUAUGUGCUGCUCAGACGUUGCCCUCUUGGGACAAACUUUCUAUGUGCCGGAAAUAAUAGCGGUUGGUUGGUUUGUUCUGGUUGGGGAGUGGGGUAGGGCAGAAGCCAGGCCUCCUUGUGGGACAGGUGCUGAAAUGCUCAGUCAUGCGCCCUGGCCCCAUUUGAGGUCAGUGACUCCCUAUCCUGGGGCAAGUCUCCAGUGUUGUCCCUUUUGAUCCAUAGAAGUGUUAGUCUCUCAGCUGACCCUGGGUGAAUAUUUGGAGCCCAGGGGAAAUCUGCUUAAUAUUCAGCACAGAAGUAAUGUUAGCCAAGUUGCCAUGGGGGGGGGGCAUUAAGAAUUCCAUAAUGUGUCUCUUCCAUCUUCGCCUUGUGGUUCUGGACCACACCCAGCCCCCCUGGUGCGGGGGGGAUCGAGCCUAGGGCUUCAGGCAUGUAAGUGCUCCACUGAGCUGCAUCCCCAACUUCCAUGCAGUUGUGAUAAAUAAACUCUUAGAAGAGCUCGGUUUGCAGAUGGUGAGUCUCCAUGCUUCCCCAGCCAAGGGGAUUUUACCCUUCUAGAGCAAAGAACUCAACGGUUAUUCUACAUUCUAUCUUCCAGUGUAUUGUUUGGAGAGUUAGGGUAGGGAAGUGGUCGAUGAGAGUCUAGGUGAAGGGGGUAUGUCAGUUCUGGAUCUGGGAGACUUGGCCCCAGGAGCCCAUUUCUGCCCUGAGUGUGACAGCAGCCGUCCCACCUAGGAGUGGGUUUGUUCUCCCUCCCUUAAGCCCAGAGCACUCCUGACCACUAGGCAAACUGUUUCUGCUUUCCAAACACCUGGGCCACCAUCCAGAUGGGGGUGGACACUGCAAUGGCCACCAGUGCUUCCCAGCAGCUUCUGGGCCUGGUUUUCACCAGUGAGGAUCCCCUCUCCAGAAAGUGCCCAGGACACCCCCUCCCCCUUCCCUCUGCUCUACCCCAGGAGACCAGGGAUGCCAUUGCAGCCACGUCACCUUUGUUAAAGUGGAAUAAGACGUCACUUCACAAGACUCAUGUCAUUGUCUCUUACUCCUUCACUAAUCCGAACCUGUACCACACUGCUGCUCACAUAUUUGUGUUUCUUACUUUAGCCUAAUCCUUCUUCGGUCCCUGAAUUCAGUAUUCUGCUUUGUUCUGUUUUUGUUUUGGGCACUAGAGAAUGAAAACCUCAAGUCUUCGAAAAACCUGACUUGAAAGGAGUCUCUGGCGUGGUUUGAGUGCGUGAUUGAUUAGCUUUAUCUUUUUUCCGCCUAAAGACUUGAAUGAUUUUGUUUUUUUCUAGUGCUAAAUAAUAGAUCAGUAAUAAGUGAAACCUUUGCUGCUACUUUCCUGGGUUUACAUCCUCCCCAAGAAUAAUUUCUUAUUUGUGCUUCUCUGAUGACUGUUAAUUCUAUUGAGUGCAGGAAGAGGUGGGUCAUAGAUUUCUUCUCUUCAUUCCCUCAUCUGCAAAUUCCACUAGCCUCUAACUCCUAGAGCCUGAUGGCGCCUGCAGGAUUCGUGGGCCGGGGCUCCUGAGGAGCGACUGUGUGUCUUUCUCACCACGAUGCAGCUGGCCCCUGGGGACCUGACUCCCCAGUCCGGAGGGUACUGGAGCAGGGAAAAGGCCUUAAUUCUGCCUUCUCCGACCUUGUUUUAUGGCUCAGCCUUCCGACGCCUCCCAUUCUGGCCCCGUCCUUUUUUCCUCCCAGGAAUUGUUUCCCGGUAACCUGCCUCGAGCAUUUCCCAGCUGCCCUCACCUUUGCCCGCCUUCCAGGGACCCUGAGAGCACAGAAAGCGUGGCCUGUGCAGAGCUCAGAGAACUGUGAGGACUCCCCCUGCCUGUCAGACUCUGUUUGGGGACAGAGAUGGAUGGGUCAAUGGUGCUGUAGGAGACAUUUUUAUCUUUAAACCAGGCUGUUUCAUCCCUGGCGCGCCCUGCCUAAACUCUGACCCCAGUGUGCUGAUGGGGUAACACGCCAAGGCUGCUGGCUGGCGGGGUCUGACCCACACUCCGCUGUCUGGCCCGCGCCUCCCCCGGCCUUUGGACCACCCUGCUGGAGUCUGCGCUGCAGACGAAGCUGCCUGUUCCCGCCAGGCCUGCUCCAGCACAGUUCUCCCAGGGGGCUGACGCGGCCCCACUUCUGUCCCAGGGACUGUUUCUGCUACUUUGGGUACAUGAGGAUGGGGGAGGGAGGCUUAUUUAAAACAAAUCCAGGGUGGCAGUAGAGGAUUCUUUUGCUUUAAAAAUCUUUGGACUAAAAAAAAAAAGAAAAAGAAAAAAAGAAAAAAAAAGUCUUUUAUAUAUAAAUAUAUAAAUUGUUAUGUAACUAUUAUUGUUUCAUGUAUGUUCUAAUUUUGUUUUAUGAAUUAAUUAAAGGAAAUAAGCUGUGA